AUGGUAUAUUUGGCGCCAAAAAUACAAGUCGAGUCCAAGGGGCCAGCAUUGAAGAUUCGCGUGUAUCCUGGUUUUGAGUUGGACGUCACAUUUUGUUUCUACUGCCCUGAGUGGCCAACCAAUAGUGACUGGCCUUCUCGACCACGCUACUGGCCGUCUAUGGCUGAUGCGCAGAAGAUUAUGUCACUUGGCUGUCAUGUGGUAGCAAAGUGGGCACCAAGGGACAAGGAGAACAAAAGCUGGAGAUUCUCUUUCUCUGUGGCAGAAUGUGAACUAUCUAAGCUAGUACCAGAUACAGCAAAGAAAUGUUUCUUGGCAUUGAAAAUCAUCCUAAAGGACCAUCUCCAGCCCGUAGUUCCUGAAAUCGGUUCAUACCACAUUAAAACUAUUUUUCUUAACACUAUGGAAAAAUUACCAGUCGGUUUCUGGGCAGACGAAAACAUUGAAAUAUGCUUUCUAGCAUUACUGACAGAGCUUCAUAUUGCCCUUCGGACGAUGAGAUGCCCACAUCAUUGGUUUAGUUCCAUCAAUUUGUUUUCAAUUAAGGCUGAGAAGUUGCAACUUCUUGCUAAGAAAGUGCAGAAAUUCUACAGGAUCCAUCUCCUUUUAUCUUGGACGAUGGCUGCCGCUGCUGCGUUUCGUCAUGUUGUGUGCUUGUUCCGGAGGAGCACUUUACCUCCCGGGACAUCCAAGAAAUCAUUGCCGAUUACGAAGAGAGUCCCAUUUGUGUGCGCGCCAGUGACGACGGUAUGUGUCGAGAAAAUAAUUUUGUGGACCUUUGGCAUGAUGUAA